AUGUCUUAUCAUCGUUCUGGUGCUAUUUCUACAAUGGCAACACUUAAUCCUGUUGGUGCAUAUCAUUCUGUAUUUUUCUUGCUCCUCAGUUCCAGACUAUACAAGACUUUUGUGUGCCCAAAGUUUGAGUAUGGCCUUGCAAUCUCUGUUCUGUGCAAAAAAGGGUUGAAUGAAGAGUUGACAUUGGUGAACAAAAGCGGUAGUUAUAAGCAACCAAUGUUUAAGAUGGUGAAUAUACUUGAAGAUAUUACUGGACAACAGGCAUCUAAGACAUAUUAUCGUAGCUAUUCUUUUAGCCAGAAAUCAAUUAUCAUUUUAUAUAAAUAG